AUGACACCGGCGCAGUCUCGCCUCCAUGUUCACGAAUGGGUGUCGCCGGUCAGGUUGGCGGCAGGUCUCUCAAGGUCUGCCUGGCCAAAUGCACGUCUAUGGCCCUUUUCUUGUCUGCGGAUUCUUCUAAUUCUUCUCCUACUGGGCGCCCUCUUUCGACCCGCCGUCGCCGCUCAAGUGGCCUUCGAAAACUGCCUGCCCGAUUCCUAUAAGAAUUAUGAACCGACACCAUUGCAGUGGAGGGCCGUAUCCGUAGACGCCUCGUUCGACACGACGGAUACCAAGCAUACGCUCCGAAUUACUAUGUGGGGGAACGUGACUGGCUCCUCCACCAACAUCACUCUGCCACCACCGAGCAGUCCCGACUGGACAGACGCCACCAAGCUCGAUGGCAAGAUUCUCGACGAGCCAGAGCCUGACGCCGUCAACCCCAAGCUCACGACGCUCCAUAGCAAAAUCGAUGUGCUCACCUACGAGCCCUGGAACGAGAGCACGAAUUUUUGCAAGAUGCUAAGCAACGCAUCGUGUCCCCUAGCGCCCGUCUUCAACGCGAAUUCUAGCUUGCUUCCCAUCGGUCUUCCGUACUUGACUAUCAGCAACGAUUUUUAUUCGUCGUAUGCAUUUACGUCCUUCUCGGCCACCUUCCUAAUCAUAUACGGUGACGCCAAGGUCACCAACAUUGGUUGCGUCUCUGCAGCCAUCACGCCUGACCUGGGCAAUUUGACAUGGAUGCUCAAGUUCCUGCCCCUGCUUGUCCUUCUCUUCGUGGCCGGUGCCACGGUCUUUGCUGGCAUCUUUAGCCCAUGGGGGACUGUUGAUAUUUUCCAUUGGACUUCCAAUUACGGCCGUGACCCCGAUCUUCUUCGUCUCGUUACUCCGGGCUUCGGCGAUUGUCUCCAGUACAUACAGUUCAUCGUGCUGACCGGUGGCCUAACCCUCAACUACCCCGGGUUUUAUCAGCCAAUUGUCAGUCAGGCUUCAUGGUCAACGCUCAUGUUCAACCAAAGUUUUGUCAGUAAGUCGACGGGGUGGCUCAGCCUGAGGGACGGCAUCUACGUCACGAAUGGCACCUAUGGCCUGCAGAACCUCGCACAGCUGGUGGGCAUGGGCAAUUUAGAGGAUAUCUGGGCUGGCAUGAUGGUUUGGCUACUCGUCAUCAUCGCCAGCAUGUUCGUCCUCGUCCAGUCCGGCUUUCUCGUCCAGUGGGUUCACCGAUUCGUCAACAGGAUUCCUGAGGAAGACCUCCGCGCCAAAAACAUACCGUUCACAUUGGGAAAUGUGGUGAGGAUCGUUCUGAACUACUUCCUGCUGCCAAUUGUCGUCCUCUCCGCCUUUCAGCUGGUGGUUUCCAACGAGUCACCGGCUUACAGCGUUGCCCUGGCCGUCAUGACGCUUGUUUUGAUUAUCGGCUUCGCCGCGUGGCUUCUUUACCUUACCUUGUCAACAAAACCGAGGGCCGUCUUAUUUGAUGAUCUUCCGACGGUCCUUCUCUACGGCCCCUUGUACAAUACCUACUCGGACGAAGCGGUUGCCUUUACCCUGGUCCCAAUAUUUCUAACUUUCAUUCGCGGUAUCACGAUUGGGGCGGUUCAGCCUGCCGGCGUUGCCCAGGUCAUCAUCCUCGCGGUCUGCGAAGUCGUCCAGAUAUUGACCUUGCACGGCUUCCGACCCUUUCACUCGCCCACUUCUAUGAAUGCCUACCACACCCUUUUCUCGGCCCUUCGUCUAGUCACCGUUCUGCUCAUGGUCGCAUUUGUACCCUCGCUCGGGGUCACCGAAGGCCCAAAGGGCUGGAUUGGUUACGCUAUCCUACUCAUCCACGGCGGCGUUCUCGUGCUCGGUUUCUUCCUUAACGCUAUCCAGACCAUUGUCGAAGUGGCUGCCCGAAUGCUUGGUGCUGGAGGCGAUGACGUCCGUGGUCAGUCGAGGGGAGGUCUUUCAAAGAUUUUCGGAAUGCGGCAGCUGUCUCGGCGCAUGUCCCGACGCGAGGCCGGCCCUUCAAGGCAGAGCCAACUGUCUAGUUCUGCUAUGCUGGAUGCCGAGGAUGCGUCAAAGGCUGGCUAUAUUAUGGCAGGAGGCCGCAUCAGGAGCGAGUCAGCGGGAAGCAUGGGCGUAUUGAUGAAUCGUCAACAAAGAAGCUCUUCGGCCUUGGACAGUGUUAGCCUCGAAGCCCCCGCCCGAAACUUCGAUAGCGGCGCAAGUUCUCUCACGCCUACUACUCCGGGGGAGGCUAGCAUGUUUUCCUUCCUGCCGUCUCCCAGGCAACAGUCUCGACAGCAAGGUGCGCUAGGCAUGCAGCCUGCCGACCCGUACUAUCGGCCGCCUAGACAGCGACGCCCGACUCUGGAACAGUCCUCUUCAACAGCUUCCAAGACUGGCGGGUCUUGGAUUACUGGUGACUGGUCGCAGAAACGACUCAGCCAGGCUGGAGGAGGUCUGAUCGGGGGCGAGGUUUCUGACGAUGAUGGUCAGGCGGCAAGAGACGCUACACCUACACCCCAUGUGCAGCCCGCGGUACCCUUUGCACCGAGAACAGAUUACUCAACGCGAGAAGUUGAUUUUUAUUACGGCGUAAGAGGCCAAAGACUGAAUUCGGUUGGGCCAAAUCGCAAACUGGGCACAGGUCCAGCUGAUCCUACUGGACCUAUGGCCUCGGCUGCAGGCUGGUUCAGGAAUGUUUUAGGGGGGAAGGGAAAAGAGAAGGCGAAGGGUUUCGAGGUUGUCAGAAGUGCUCGGAUGCCGCCUACUAUGCGCUCCAAGGAUAGCGACUUCGUGCAUGAGGUACCAGAGGGAAUUCCGGUAGCUAUGGGCGUGCUCCGCAACGGGCCGAUUGAGUCGGAUGAUGAAGACGAAGGGCAACACGUCCAAAGAUCUCGUCCGACAGAAUCGGAAGCGGCUGAGGAGGUGAACGUGAGGGGGCUAGAUGACGUGGGAUCUUCGGAGACUCGACAAGCCACACCCUGGCUGUCGGUUGGCAGCCAACCAGCGGUUCCGCGAAAGAGUUCAAAGCGACCUCCAUCCGUCAGUCUAGUAACGCCUGGGCCUCAGCUAGCCCCCUCCGCUACAACAAUAUCUAAGCUCCCCUUUGAGCGCACCCAUUCACAGGAGAGACUUUCGGGCUCGUCUACGGGGGCAACCGAGGAUUUCACUCACAUUUACCCGCAAGAGCCGACCAACAAGAGCCCAAAUGAACAGACAACCAGUUACGGCUUUGUCCAGCACGGCAGCAUCGAUAGGGUUCAUCAUGAUGCAGACCUCUUGGGCAGCUCCGCCGAGGUUGUCGAUGAGACGCGGUGA